UGUAGGACUCCGCCACAGUGAGGCUCGCGCUCGCUGGUCCGGGUCUCCCGGAUCCUCACGCGAGCAAUGCCUCGCUAUUGCGCGGCGAUUUGCUGUAAGAACCGCCGGGGUCGAAACAAUAAAGACCGGAAGCUGAGUUUCUACCCGUAAGUUGCCCAUGCAGCAGAAGCUUCAGCCUAGCCUUGGACUGCGUUUCUGUGGCCUCUGGACUUCUCUUGCUCCUUACCGUCUGCUCUAAAAAUUAGUCCUCAGCUGUUCAUUUCCUCUACGUGACAAGGAAAGACUUGAAAAGUGGUUAAAGAAUAUGAAGCGAGAUUCGUGGGUUCCCAGUAAAUACCAGUUUCUAUGUAGUGACCAUUUUACUCCUGACUCCCUUGACAUCAGAUGGGGUAUUCGAUACUUAAAACAAACUGCAGUUCCAACAAUAUUUUCUUUGCCUGAAGACAGCCAGGGAAAAGAUUCUUCUAAAAAAAAAUCCCAGAAGAAAAAAUUGGAAGAUGAGAAAGAAAUAUGCCUAAAAGCCAAGUCAGAAGAAUCAUUUGCAUUAAAUGAGGCAAGGAAAGAUAUAAUGAACACAAAUACUCUCCCUGAAUGUGCAGAAUUACUUGAUUCAUCUGCUUUCGUGAGACCACCAGCUCCAAAAACAAGAAGUGUACAAAAUAAUGUAUUAACUCUUAAUCUAAUUAAACAAGAUACCAAAAAACCAGAAUCUACCUUGGAAACAGUAGUUAACCAAGAUAUAGGUAUAGGUGGUUUUCACACAUCUUUUGAGAAUUCUACAGCUGUUACUUUGACAACUUCAAAUUCAGAAGGUGUUCAACAGUCUUUGGAAACCCAGAAAGUGCUUGAAAUAACUACCAACCAUCUUGAUAAACCAAGCUUUACAAAUAAUUCCGUGGAAAUAAAGACAGCACAAGAAAUGCCACUCUUAUUCAGCACAAUUAAUCAAACAGCUGAAGAAUUAAACACAAAUAAAGAAUCUGUUAUUGCCAUUUUUGUACCUGUAGGAAAUUCUAAACCUGCAGUUAAUUCUUUUAUACCUGCCCAAAAAGAAACUGUGGAAAUGGAGGACACAGACUUUGAAGACUCCUUGUAUAAGGAUGUAGAUUAUGGGACAGAAGUUUUACAAAUUGAACAUUCUUACUGCAGGCAAGAUGCAAAUAAGGAACAUCUCUGGCAGAAAGUCUCUAAGCUACAUUCAAAGAUAACUCUUCUUGAGCUACAAGAGCAGCAAACUCUAGGAAGAUUGAAGUCUUUGGAAACUCUUAUAAGGCAGCUAAAGGAGGAAAACUGGCUAUCUGAAGAAAAUGUCAAGAUCAUAGAAAAUCAUUUUACAACAUACGAAGUCACUAUGAUAUAAAGAGGUUUUAAAGCUGUGACUGAUGUAUAAGCCUUCCUAGCCAAAGCAGAUUAGUAAGCUAACUAUACAGAAAAGUGAACUUUUUCCUGUAUAGAGAUCACCUCUUAAUGAACCUACAAGAGUUAUCUCAUAUUAUAAACUGCAUCCUUUCUUCAAUUUUUUUUUUUUUUAGAAAAACCAGAGUUGGACUACAGAGAAAGUUUUAUUAUUUGAUACUUUUACAAAUUAAAGUUAAAAUAUGGUGAAUAAGUAAUAUGAUUUAUUCAUAACAUGAGAAGACAAAGUUAAGGUCAAAAGAGCCUAGAAUAGAAAUCAAGUUCAGGAAUCAGUCCUGGUUUUACAGAACACCGUUGUAUGAGCUGGGCGAGUUACUUAUCAAGAUUGAGCCCCAGUCCUUUAUCUGUAAAAUAAAAGGACUUACUAUUU